GACUGAGGAAACGGAAACAAAAACGUUAUACAAUUUUCAGUUGUGUCUUCACUGAGUUGCGUAAUUUUCACUUUCUUCCUUCUUUUCCUAUAUCUUUAAUCUUCAAAACAUGCCCUUUUUCCUCUUUUUUUUCGGGUCUUUCCCACUCUCUCUUCUCUUGCAAAGCUUUUGAUUUGGAUAAAUUUCCUUUCGCUCCAAGCUUCGGUUCCACUCAACAACAAGAGCGCUAUCCUUCGCCGACUUGGUUUAAAUAUUAAUGGAUUUCAGCAAUGAAUCAAGGGUGUUGCAUCGCUGUUCUGCUCAAGUACUUGAUAUCGGAAAUCUUCUCCUUCUAUCAUUGUGGCAUCUCGUACAUUCUAUUAUCAGCAUAUGCAACUUUACAUUGGAUAUUGCUAAUGUGCUUGAAAGCUAUCUUAUCUCUUCGGGACUGCUGGGUAGAUACAAAUCCCUCCAUAUAGCCAAGCUCCGCUAUCUGGCUAUUGUGAUAGAAAGCGAAGAAGCUUAUCAAACUUCAAAAAUUAUCGAGCUUUUGCAAUGGCUGGAAGCUGUUGGUGUCAAACAUGUUUGCCUUUAUGAUAAGGAAGGAAUACUGAAGAAAUCAAAGGACUUCAUCUUGGAAAACUUGGAUGGUGCAAUAUGGUUUCAGGAUGCUCAUGAAAAUAAUGUGCUAUUAGACCAACAACAUAUGACUCUGGAGUUUGUGUCAUUUUCUGAUGGGAAAGAAGCAGUUGCCAAAGCAGCCAAUGUACUUUUUAUGAAGUACUCAAAAUCAGGUGUGACUGACCAAAAUCAGAAAGAGAAAAUUUUCACUGAAUCUCAAAUGAGCGAGGCACUCAAAACCGUUGGGAGCGGAGGGCCAGAACCGGAUCUUUUAUUAGUAUAUGGACCUGCCAGGUGUCACUUAGGUUUCCCUGCCUGGAGGAUUAAAUACACUGAGAUUGUACAUAUGGGUCCCUUGAAGUCCAUGAAUUAUGGGUCACUAAUUAAGGCUAUUUACAAAUUCACAAUGGUGCGACAAAACUACGGUAAAUGAAGUGCUGAAUUAAGAGGUCAUUUUCCUGGACAAGUCAUGUUAUAGAUAAUGUAUAUGCGAGCUUCAAGUUUGCCCAGUAAUAUGGAAACCUUGUUCGCUGAUAAAUUUCUAGAUGCAAUCAAACAUGUAUUAAAACAUAUUUAUAGUUGUUAAUUAGAAAAUUAACCCUUUUAUUGUAAACAGACGGCCAAGUCAAGUGAUUAAAAACAGGGUUCUAGUUUUAAUGAUUAUAUAUGUAAGUAUUUGAUA